AUGGAGGACACAAAAUUUGAUGGGAAAUUUUUGUAUCAAAAAGUUCACAACCUUUCUAGGAGACUACGAGCAGUGGAAGACCAAAAUGAGGCAAAAAAACCUGCAAGAAGCCAGAGGGAUGCUCCGCUCCCUGACCCAUGGUGCUACUGCUCUCACCUGGCUCCUCUCCCACCCCUCGCAGGCAUAAUCCGGACUGUGGUACUGCUCAUCACGCUGCUGGGCACAUGGUUCAUUGUGCAAACAUACUUCGAGCGGAGCUGGAAAACUGUCAACCUGCGGAGCUGGCUCGGUGUCAACAGCAAGCCCAGCAGCAAGCAGCUGCCCCGGCACAAAUGUGGGAACCAGAAGAGCUGCCCCCAGGAUCAUUUUGCCUUCAAGAUUAUCAGCGGCGCUGCAAAUGUGGUGGGACCCUCCAUCUGCUUCAACGACAUGAUACUCAUGAGCAGUGUGAAAAACAACAUUGGCAGAGGCCUUAAUAUUGCGCUGGUGAAUGGAACAAGCGGGCAGCUCCUGAAAGUUGAAACAUUUGACAUGUACUCCGGAGGUGUUACCAAACUGGAUACCUUCCUCCAAGAGAUCAAGCGUGGCACCAUCGUGUUGACAGCCAGUUAUGACGACGCUGCCACAAAGAUGAAUGACAAAGUGCGGGCACAUUUCGAAGAGCUGGGCAGCAGCCAUGUGAGCAAGCUGGGCUUUCGGGACAACUGGGUCUUCUUGGGAGCAAAAGGGCUGAGGAACAAGACCCCCUUUGAAGAGCACAUCAAAAAUGAUAAGGAGACAAAUAAAUAUGACGGCUGGCCUGAGCUGCUGGAGAUGGAGGGCUGUGCCCCCAGGAAGGAAAACUAG